UAGAGUGGUUAGUGAGUCAUAACCUAUUUACCUAGUCUUCAUGAACCAAUAAAGGACAUAGGUGCUCCCUCUACUUUAUCUAUCUUGCUCAAUUAUAUUUUCGUUAUAUUAUUAUUAUAUUGCAUCAUUGUGCAUGCAAUAUUUUCGAUAUUCGUUAUAUUAUUAUUAUAUUGCAUUAUUUUCGUUAAACAUGCAAGGACUAGUGUCUUAAUCUAUCAUUAAAUUAGGCUUUAACUGGAUUUUAGAGAACAUUAUUAUUGUGCAUGCAAUGUAUUUCGGAGAAAAAAAACAAAGAACCCUAAUUAGAGAGUGUAUUUAGGCAUUUUAUGACAAUUAAUUUUAAAAGCAUAAAAAAUCUAAUGUGUUUGAAAAUUUUAAAUAAAAUUUACAUCGAAAAAGAAAAAGUAUAUAUGAAGGAAAAUCUAGAUUUCAAAAACCUAUCUCAAAGCAACAGAAAAGAGGAACCCUACAAGGCAUAUUGAAUAAACAACACUAGAUCUCUAUCAAAAAAAAAAAAUUUCGGUUGUAGAUAAUCGAGCAAGUUGCCAUUUAAAAAACGUAUAUAAUAGAUGAAAAUGAUUAAAAUCCUAGUCCUGAAACGCAUGGUAUAUAUUUCAUUGCUACAUUACCAUGAAUUGAUUAUUCGUUAAUAAUUCGUUGGGAAAAGAAACAUAUAGAGCAAAUACAAACAAAUGUAUGAGAGGGAUGAAGAAAGAAAGCAAAGUUUGGAAGGGGCCCUUAACAUGUCCUCUAACGUCAAAAAUACAUUAUUCUUCAUUACUACUAUUACUUUCACCCUCUCAUCACACUCACUCAACCUUUCAUUUUUCUUAUUACCUAAUUCAUCAGAUCCAUAUUAGAACACAAUACGAUCCCUUAACAUCUCUCUUUCUCUCUAGACUCAACAAGCUCAUAUAUCAUGUCAUCUCCUGGAGAUAGAGGAAAGAACUUUAUGGAAUCAUCAGGAUCAGAGCCACCGGUAACACCAAGCCGUUACGAGUCACAGAAGAGACGCGACUGGAACACUUUCGGACAGUACUUGAAGAACCAGAGACCACCCGUGCCGAUGUCUCACUGCAGCUGCAACCACGUGCUUGAUUUCCUCAGGUACUUAGACCAGUUCGGUAAGACAAAGGUGCACGUGUUUGGCUGUAUGUUCUACGGCCAGCCUGAGCCACCAGCUCCUUGCACGUGCCCUCUCAGACAAGCUUGGGGAAGUCUUGACGCUUUGAUCGGACGGCUGAGAGCAGCUUAUGAGGAAAACGGUGGAUCUCCGGAAACAAACCCUUUCGCUACUGGAGCAAUAAGGGUUUAUUUGAGGGAGGUUAGGGAGUGUCAGGCUAAGGCUAGAGGGAUUCCUUACAAGAAGAAAAAGAAGAAGCCAAAGACGGAGAUGAGUGGUGGAAGAGACGACUCUUCUUCCUCAUCCUCCUCCUUCAACUUCUCUUGAAAGACUUUAUGGAUCAAUAACAUCUCAGAGAUGGAUCAAAUGUAAAAGAGGCCUCAAAUCUACCUACUACUGAUGAUCAAGAAGUCAACAUAUCUUCGGAUCUUCAUCCACUCUUUCUCUUCCGUAGCUAUCGAUCGGUUAUGUAUUUCCAUAAGCUAUAUUCUCUUAUUAAGCUCAUUUGAAUAAGUGUAUAGAUUAUACAGUGUAAAGACAAGUUUGUUUUGUACUUCUAUGCCAGCGUACUUCUUGUCUUACGUAAGUCAAACACAUUUCUAUGAGAUAUUAAUGGCGGAAUAACCUGAUCA